AUGGUCUGUGUAACUGCAUCCCCCGGCGCGCAAAUAUUUAUUGGGGUGGAUGGUGGAGGUGGGGUUGAUGGAGAUGGAGGAGGAGGGGAUGGUGGUGGUGGUGGUGAUGGGGAUGGAGGCCUGGGUGAAGGAGGCGGAGGAGGAGGCGAUGGUGGUGGUGGAGAUGGAGGAGGUGGUGAAGGAGGCGGGGGAGGAGGUGAUGGUGGUGGUGGAGAUGGAGGCGGUGGUGAGGGUGGAGGUGGAGGUGGUGAUGGGGAUGGAGGUGGAGGUGGAGAGGUAAAAGGUGAUGGAAGUGGAGUCGGAGGAAGAGGUGGCGACGGUGGAGAAGAGGGUGGUUUUUUACAACAGCAUUGA